UUAACAACAACCGUCAAAAUUUAUCCAACCGUAGAACAAAUUCUUAAAAUGGUUCUCAAAACUACUGUUAUUGUCAAUGAGCCUGACUCUUUGGAGGAGAGCAAUGACAAUGCCAACAAGAACCAUAUGGUGGUGAACACCACCGAUUUUAAUGAUCGCGAUUUCAAUGAAUUCGUCAAUAUAACCGAGGCCAUAGAACGCAAUAAUCGCCAGCGCAGAUCACAAAGACGUUCGGCACGCCACAACACCAUGGUGGCCACCAUGACACGUGAGGAACUUUUCGAAUGCACCAACAUAGAUGAUGAUGAUGAUCAAUUUCUAAAUGCCUUGGAACACCAGACCAGCUAUCAGCUGGAAGAGAAUGAAGAUCUGGAGUAUAGUGCCGAUAAAAGUUCCAUGCUUAAGAGCAUAGACAAUCUGAUGAAGUAUUUCGAUGAAGAUGUUGAUGUGCCUGAUAAUUCGGUAAAAAAUACUCCCAUAAAAUUGAAGACCAAAGGCAAGGUGGCCUCGGCAGUGGCUUCAUUACGCAGAAAGACAAAUACACCCUCGCCCUUGAGCAAACGUAAGAGCAAGCAAAAGCUGGAGAAAAAAAGCAAUAUUGAGGAACUCAAGAAACGUUAUGAAUUGACACCAGACAAGUUAGAGGCAUUGGAAAGUUCACCAGCUCGCUCCAAUACCUUAAGUCCCAGAUUGUUGAGAAAGUCCAAAGUGAAGCAAAUGGCUUUGUUGUUUAAUACCAAAAUAAAUUCCAUACUACGAAAAGAAUUGCCAGCAGCACAAACUCCAGAACCCAUAUCACCAGGUUUGGAGUCCAUAGCCUCUCCCACAUUUACCUCUACGCUUAAGCCCAGGUCGCCCAAGUUGAAACCCAAGACACCAAGCUUCAUAGCCAAAUUGACUAGUCCCAAAGCCAGUCCCCUUUUCAAGAGAAGACAAUUGAAGAAAACUCCCAGCAUAUCUUCAUUGGCUGGUAGUCCCAGCAUGAAACGUAAGCCUUUGCAAAGACAAGCCAGCACCACCUGUUUGGUGGCCGAGAAUGUCUUUGAAAAACUUUCGGUAAAGGACAAGGCUUUGUUGUACAACAAAUUCAUAGAGGAUAUGUCCAGGCAAAAUCCCAAAUUCAGCAAACAUGGCCAAGUCUUGGAGAAUACAGUGCAAAAGGAAAUUCUAAGAGGAGAAGUGGAGUGUAUUCAAAAGCCUGGUAUGGUCAAACAUUUGAGAGAUACUCUGGAAGCCAAGAUGACACCCACCAAAGCCAUAUCCAAGACUUUGCAGAGAUCUAAGAGUUCUUCAAACAACUCUAAGGCAACAACAACCAGCAAAGCCAAGGAAUUCGAGGAUGUUGUAAGGCCUCAGACUCCCCAGACUCCUCAAACACCUAGAACACCUUGUUCCACUAUGUCUUCCCCAGCUUCAACUACUGUGGAGGAUUCCGAAGAUCUGUUGCAUGUCAGCACUCUGACUGUAGUGCUGAAACCCAGCCCUGAAGUCAAAAAAUUUGCCACCAAACCCCGCAGUAAUCGAAGAAGAAAAGAUGUUAGAUUUCUUACCGAUUUGUCCAUAGUGGAGCCCAGCUUUAAAAGAACCCAAGAAAUGAUGCGUUCCUCGGUCAUAAUGGAGACCUUUGCUCCACCCAAAAAGAUACGACGCACUCAACAUGAACGUUUGGCUCCGAAAAUGUUUUUUCAGAAUCAACAUUUGGAAAAACUUUUCUAUAACUGGCUAAAGGAAAAGAAUGGAGUGGCUUUCGAUAUCACCACCGUACACAAUAAGGCAGACAUUAUAGAGAUAGUGCCCAAGAACUCCAGGGAUAAUGUGAUACCCAAACAUCAGGUGGAUCAGCUGUUGGAGGAGGCCAUUAACAAUCUGGAAGCUGAAAGGGUGGCUAAAACCGAAGAUUCCCCCAUCAGCAAAGAGAUAUCGGCCAUUAAUCUAAUCAAGGAGACUUUGGAAGAAAAAGAAACCAUAGAUGCCUCGGUCAUAGAGGUGGAGUUGCCCUUGGAGGAGGAUAGCAAAAAAGAAGCAGAAGAGACCAAAACAGAAAACACAGAUGUUGAGGAAAACCUCAAGGUGGAGUUAUGCUGUGAUCACCAGAACAGUGAUCUGGGCUUAGCUAGUAUAAACAAGACAACUAGUGAAGAUUCUCACACUGAAAAGGAUACUCAGAUGAACAAAACCAAAGCUUCUACAUCCUAUAUAACUAAACCACCACGCAAAAAGAAGUUGAGACGUUCCUUAACCUGGAAAAAGGAUUAUUCCCUGGUAGAAUCGAAUCCUGUGGCAUCCACCGAUUCCGAAUCCGAUUGUAAAUCUCUCAAUAGGUCCCUCAAUCGAUCCCUUAACAGAUCUCUUACCAACACCCUAACCAAGACCAAGAAAUGUACUGCCUUUGUCAAAAAAUUGCUCACGAAAAGCAACAAUUCUUCCAUCAGUUCCGAGCAGCCGAGUAACGCCAAUCCGGAAACUAGUGUCUUGGAGUUGGAUCGUUCUCUGCUGCGCCAAGUGAAUUCUCCCUCGAAAAUCAAGACCGCCUAUACUUUGACUGUAAUGUCUUCUCCCUCGCCACCAACGGAAAGUGAUUUUUGUGACUCGGAUCUGCCAAGAUCCCCAUUCAAAGACCUAUCACGCUCUUGGCCCUCACUGCUGGAAGCUGGCGAUCCCGAUGAAGAGGAUAACAACAAUGUUAUGAUGUCUUAUAAAAAUAAGGCAGUGUCCACGGAAUUCACCGAUUUGGCCAAGACAAAAAUGGAAAUGGAGCAGCAUAAGCUUAUGGUGGAUAGUUUCAUAGAUCAGGGAUUUGAAACUGGCUCCAAUGAUAUGGAAUCACCUAUGCGUUUAACCAAAAAAACGCCCAGCCUGGCAAGAGACUCUUUGGAUUCCGAGGACCAACCGCAAAAAUAUUCCACUCCCAAUAAGGAUCAGCCCAUACAAGAGGUAUUUACUGCCCAUAGUGGCUUGCCGCCGGGACAAAAAUCCCUCAUAAGUCCCAUACCCACGAUUCAUACUCCUUUGCAUCACAAGAAUCUGACUAUGCUGGUUAUUAAGGAGGAUUGUUCGCUGGUGGAUUCUUCUCAACAACUGGAAUACACUCCCAGUUCUUAUGGUGAUAAUGGCAGUUUCUUUAGUGCUGGCGAAGAGGCCCACCUUUCCGCAGCACCACCACCGCAACCACCCUUGGGUGUCACCCAUAAAGUGGAGACCUCACAAUUUUGGAUAUCUUCUGGAGAUUUCACAGCCGCCCUGAACAUACAUCACUACGAGGGAGAACGCCUUAUGUUGCUGAGUAACAUAUUUGCCCAGAAAUGUAUGGAACAUCAGGAUAUAACCUUUGGCAUAGAUGAUCAGAAAUUUUCGGCAGACUCCAUGUUAACCACAGAGGAGAUUAUUAGAAAAAUCCCCCACACAGAAAACAGUUCACAAUAUUGGUUUGCCACUGGAGAUGUUCUAUUGCCUUUCGCUGGCAAACUUUUAAGCCCCAAGAAAAUUCAGACUUUCUUUGCCUAUAUACGAGAAUUCAAGGAUAAUGAUAAAGCUCCUCUAAGAUUUGGCAUAGACAAUUUUGAAUUUUCCCAUAACCCUCAAUCAAUGCCCAAUACGGCCAUAGAUGCCACCUAUACAUGGCCCAGUGCUUCACCCAUUAAAACCAGCGAUUUGGAUCAAUCCGAUUUUGAAUCAGUCGAGUUGGAGCAGAGCAUAAGCUUUUCUGCCUUAAGCAGCAAUCAAUCGGAUAGUGGUUCCAUAAAAAGUGUCGAUAUAGCCCAACAAGUCAGCAGCGAUCCCUUGGAGCAAGUAUUCGAAGAUGCCCGUCGUUUGAAUCUCAGCAAAAGUCAAACCGAUAAAUUGGCCUCACAAUCCCAGUUUACUGUACCAGAAAUGCUUAAAACUCUGCACAGCCAACAAAUGAAACUCAAAAGCCUAGAGGAACGCAUGUUGCUUAGUUGCUCUCAACCUGCUGCUGGUAAAUUCUCUGCUGAACAAUACCAAGAGUCUCCUGAAUAUAUGAGAAAAUUGCGUAGCAUUAUUACCGCCAUCGAUAACAUAGGCAGGGGCAAUAAUGGCUUUAGUGCUUGCUCCCUAGAACAACUAGAAAGUUUCAUGUUCUUUUUGAGCCGCUAUGCUGAUCUCUGUUUGGCCAAUUGCACAGCCCACAUUGAGAAAAUACUGGACGUGGUUAUGAAUCAACGUUCAUUUCAGGCCUAAAUUUUGUGAUUUCAACGCGAAGUAUGAGAGAUAUAACGAGUGACUAUUCCAUUUAAGCCCCAACCAAAUUCUUCCAUUCCAUGACUACAGCCUUCAAGAGGUUCUGGUUCACCUUAGCUUGUAAGUUUUGUAUUAUAAGUUUUAGAAGAUCUUUUAAAGGUCAA